CCACGUUCGCGCGUAUUGACUUUCUCCGCCCCACGCAUCGAUCCCCCUCCCCCUCCUUUCGCCGGCGGCGGCGCUAUAUCACGCGGCCGCCGCGAGGAGGUGCGCCCCAUCCCUUCUUAUUCGUAGCAGCUGCAGCGGAGCGCGGGAGGACGAGCAGGGAUGGCGGCGGCGAGGAAGAACGCCGCCGUGCUCGCGCUCUUCGACGUCGACGACACCAUCACCGCGCCGCGCAAAGAGGUGUCGCCGGAGAUGCGCGAGUUCAUGAAGCGACUGCGCGAGAUUGUGAGCGUGGGCCUGGUGGGGGGAUCCGAUCUGGUCAAGAUCUCCGAGCAGCUCGGAAAAUCAGUCAUCACCGAUUACGACUACGUCUUCGCCGAGAACGGUCUGGUUGCGCACAGGAACGGCGAGCUUAUGGGGACGCAAAGUUUGAAAACGCACCUCGGAGAUGAACAGCUUAAGGAAAUCAUUAACUUCACUCUUCAUUACAUCGCGGACUUGGAUAUCCCAAUUAAAAGGGGUACAUUCAUAGAGUUCAGGAAUGGAAUGAUCAAUGUGUCGCCUAUAGGGAGGAACUGUACUCAAGAAGAGCGUGAUGAUUUUGAGAAGUAUGAUAAGGUACGUAACAUUCGGCCUAAAAUGGUGUCAGUGCUUCGUGAAAAGUUUGGCCACUUGAAUCUCACAUUUUCCAUUGGAGGGCAGAUUAGCUUUGAUGUAUUCCCAAAAGGCUGGGACAAAACCUACUGCUUGAGAUAUCUCGAAGAAUUCAAAGAAAUUCAUUUUUUUGGGGACAAAACCUACAAGGGUGGCAAUGAUCAUGAGAUAUUUGAAUCUAACAGAACAAUUGGUCAUACAGUUAGCAACCCCGACGACACGAUGCAGCAGUGCAGAUCUAUCUUCCUGUCGAAGUGAUUGCCAGACUAUCGUCCCAUAUACAUUCAUCUGUUUACAUUCAGAGAAACAUAUGUACUAUAGUGUGCUAGGUUCAGAUUCAGGUAGAGGAACUAGAAAUCAGGAAAAAGAACUUGUUGCCGUUCCUUGAGAUUGUGUCUUUCAUCCAAGAUUUACUCUUCUUGAUA